AUGGCGUUUUUGCACCCAGACAUUACUGGCGAGACAGAGGAUCCCCAUAUUGAGCGGUACACGAGGUUGGCGUUGCUCCUGCUUUUCGGGGGUGUCUUGUUCCCGAACACUUCAGGAAGUCUAGUGAGUAUGCGCUUUCUCCAUCAUCUGCAGCAGCUAGAUGAUUUACUCUUGUACAGCUGGGGUGCUGCUGUUUUCGCAUACCUGUACAGGAGCAUCUUCCGGGCAAGCAUGCUUUGCCAGGUGGACAUAUGUGGUUUUUUGCCCCUUCUACAGGUUUGGGCGGCAGCGGAUCAUGUCGUUGCAGCCACCUCUACCACCACUUGCGCCGGGGAUGUGUUAGAUAUGCUGGUGGCUGGACAGUUCAUCUGGACGCCAUACAUCGAUGAGUUGCUAGCUCAGCUGCCCGAUUAUUGCUCAGUCGACCGACUACUUUGGAGCACCUCCGUCCCGAUGUUCUUCUUCAAUAUGGUUGAGUAUCAUGCUACAAAGCGUGUGUUUCGCCAGUUUCACCGUCCCCAGCCUAUACCGGGGGAGCCUGCAUGGGUCCCUACACACUAUCAGCGGGAUGACCGUGUUAGGGUGGAUGAUAUAUUUAUGGGAUGGCUAGAGAAACAGGUCCAUAUUUGGGAGCAGCGAGGUGACCGUAUUCCGCCACCACCUUCAUUUACCCAGGAGGCUACUAUUCAUCUGUAUACGUCAUGGUACCGCCAUCACACCCGACAUCGAGAACCCCAUUCAUGUACUUGGCGAGCGCUACAGACCAUACACCGGGAGGCACGAGUCACUGGUAUGUUUUUGUGGCUUAUUAAUAUCUUAUAUUUGUGA